UCUUUGGUUCCCUACUCCUCGACUCUGGUUCUAUUUGGAAGACGGCUUGCUUGCUCUCGCGUAGUCGCGUGCGGUGGGCAUGCCGGAGAUGUCGUCGGAAGAGAGGGCCACGGACGCGCCCGGCAGCCGACCUUCGGACGGCUGGAAGGGGCGCAUCAUUGUUCCCACUCUCCUCGCUGGGGUGGUCGGUGGAGGAGCCGGAUUGGUCUCUAAGCACCGGAAGGUUCUCGGCACGGGCACCAUCGCCGCCACCUAUGCGGCCGAUUUGGCCAUCGUUACCGGUUGCUACUGCGGUGCACGGGAACUUGCAAGAGAUGCUCGAGCUUCAGAACCCGAUGACCUUUUAAAUUCUGUGAUAGGAGGAAUUGCAAGUGGCGCUCUUCUUGGGAGGCUACAAGGUGGUCAACUAGGAGCAGCUAAAUAUGCAAUCAUCUUCGCAGCUGCAGGGACGGCACUAGAUUUCACCACCAGACAGUUGAGACCCCGUUUUCAAAACUUCAAGAACACUCUAACCAGGAUCAAAAAUGGAAAUUCAAGCUGGAGUUUCCCAGAGUGGUCACCUAUUCAAGUGCUAGACGAAGAAGCUCUUGCUGCCAAGCGUGCCCGAGAACAACAGUUAUACGCCAAAAGAACAUUUGGUAAAUUGAAUAAAGAAGAAUAAGGAGAUUCAACAACUAGAAGUAUGUUUUUACUUUGCAAUCGUCAAGUUUCUGUCUCAGAGUUCCUCUGCAGUAUGGGGACCAGUACAGCCGAGUUCCAGACUAGAGUUUCAAGUCUACAUAAAUAAUCUCUCUUCCAUGUCAUGUUAGAUCUUUGCUCUUGGGAUCAGGAUUAAAGGAUAAUACGAAAGCAAUUCUCAAGGAUAAUAAUCAGCUCAAGGCUGCUUGGAGCUGAUUCUGAAUUGAGUUCCAAAUCCUUUGGAAUGUGAAGCUGCUGCGACCUUUCUUUUGGAUCGAGGAAAGCUUUUUUUUUCUUGUGCUGCUGUUCUCAAACAAGCUGUUGAGCCAUGUUUACAUUUAUUUGCCACAAUGAUUGUAUUUAUAACAUUACAUAUCUUUUGAAUUGUUUUAAGAAUAUUAUUGGAAGAGCACAAAA